CUAGCCGCAGCUAGCUUGUCAGACAGGAUAUCACCAGCGAGUUCAUAUUGAAUGUCACAACUAUAGCUAUUCUCUAAGCGUUUUCAGAGAAAAUGGAGCGUACGGUUAUUGAGCACCCGGAAACGCCACGGACUGAUAUAUUUCAAAGUUAAUAUGAUGUAGCAGAAUGGAAUUACCAGUACAAACGUCUUUUGAGUGGUACUGCAUAAGGACGUGGCUCUGUUUCAGCCGUCAGCACAAGGAACCAUAAACUCCAUGCAUCACGGGAACUCACUAACUCUCCAGAAACUGCAAAUUGCACUCAAAAAAAGAUACUGAAAGGGCAGACAUGUUUGCCAAGUUGAAGAAGAAGAUUGCUGAGGAGGCGGCCACAGCACCUCGGAGUGGUGUCCGUAUACCCCGCACCAUCAGUAAGGAAUCCAUCACCUCAAUGGGGGCAGACUCAGGGGAUGACUUUGCAUCUGAUGGCAGCAGCUCCAGGGACGACCUGCCCGCCCAGCUCCUCAGACGGAACGAUCAGAUCCGGAAGCUGGAGGCCAAGUUAUCAGACUAUGCUGAGCAGCUACGAAUUAUGCAGAAGACCAAGGACAAGCUUGAAAUUGCAUUAGAAAAGCAUCAGGAUUCUUCCAUAAAGAAACUUCAAGAGCAGAAUGAGUCUCACCAGGCCAGCAGAGCCAAAAUGGCAGAGGGGAUGGCUUUAGCACUAGAAAAGAAGGAUCAGGAAUGGAUGGAGAAGAUGACCGGUGUGGAAAAGGAGAAGGCUGCCCUGUCAGCCCGACUAGACGAGAUGAUGGAGCAAAGCUUAGCGCUCUUCCAGAAAAGAGAUGACCUGGAUGAACUGGAGGGCUUUCAGCAGCAGGAGCUCGCUAAAGUUAAACACAUGUUGCUGAGGAAGGAGGAGCAGCUGAGUCAGGAGGAGAGAGCGCUCCAGCAGAAAGAGGCUGAGGUUCAGUCAGCAAAGCGAGGGCUGUCGGAGGCCCGGGGGAAACUCCAGGUUCUGGAGCAGCAGCAUGAGGAGAGCUGCAGGCUCAACACUGAGCUUGAAAUAGAGCGAGAGGAGCUGCUGCUGCUUAGAAAGGAGGCAGACAAGAAGAUCAGUGAGCUGGAGGGACGAUGCCAGGAGCUGCAGUCAGUCAUCCAGCAGGUCUCUGAAGACUUCCAGAAGUCACAGAGUAUGGUGUCAUCUUUAGAGGAGUCCCUCCAUGAUCUACAGACUGAACACGAUGCCCUGAAGCUGCAGCAACAAAAGGCUGCUGUGACAGAGGAGGACAAGGAGCGCUUGUUGGUGGACCUUCAGAAGAAAGCCACCUCUCUAGAGAGACGACUGCAGGGGAACCUGAGCCAGGAUGAGCAUCUACAGGAGCUUCUCCAGGAGAAGUCCAGCCUGGAGCAAAGUCUGGAGGAGACCAGAGCAGAGCUGCUGGCUGUUCGGACAAACCAUGCUGAUAUUGUCAGCUCUCUGGAGGCUCAGGUUUCCAGAAUGAGCUGCAGCAUUACUGAGCUGCAGACCCUUCUCCGACACAAAGACGACUCAUCCAGGGCCUACAGAGAGAGAACAGACGCACAAGUUGCUGACCUGGAGCAGCAAGUCCUAGAGAGUAGUGAGGGACUGAAGAGUGCAGAGCAGCAGAUCACAGAGAAGCAGCAGCACAUGGAUAAACUGCAAGGAGUGUGGAAUGCAGAGAAAGCCUUUCUGGAUCAGCAGGUUAGUUUGUUACAGCAGCAGAGCCAGGAGAGGGCCAGCCGACUGGAAGAAAGCAUGAGCUCUUUAGAGACAGAUAAACAGACGCUGCAGGACAGGCUGGCUGAUCUGGAGAAGCAGAGAGAUGACAUGAACUCCACGCUGAGGCAGCAGACAGAAGAAAUGGAGCAGUGCAGGAUGGAGCUGAACAGCCGGCAGACACUGAGCACAGAAAUCGCCAAAGCUCUGGAAGAAACCAGGCGACAGAAGGAGGAGCUGCAAACACAGGUUGGAGAGCUGACCUCGUCUCUUCAGGCCUCACAGCAGGAAGUGUUGACUGUCACUGAGAAGUUAGCACUAAGAGAGGAAGACAUCAGAACUCUUCAGAAUGAGGUGCAGAGUCGGCAGGCUUCAGUGGUCCAGCUGCAGGACGAGGUUGAGCGGCUGCGAGCCCAGCUGGACCAGAUGGAGCAGGAUAGGGACUCCCAGCUGACGAGCCUGAGGAAGGAGCUGCUCAGCCAGACAGAGCAGCUGGACAGCUGCCAGGCGCGGAUCCUGUACCUGGAGGUGGAGGUGGAAACCCUGACAGAACAGCUUCAGAGCCCUGCUGUGUGUGAGGAGGAUCAGAACGGCAGCGUGACGGUGGAUGAUCUGGAUCACAUUCAGAAAGUCAACAGAGAGCUGGAGCAGCAGCUCAGCGACAAGAACAGGACCAUCAAGCAGCUACAGCAGAGACUGGCAGAGCUGAAGAGGACGCUGCAGAAAGAACUGAAGCUAAAGCCUGAGCCAGAAGCUGAAGGGAAGGAGAAGCUGCCAGAAAGCCGAGCAGAAAAACAAGAGAGGGUUUGUCCUGAGCCUCCUCCAGCUUCUGUCCCAAGCCCCCCAAACUCCAACACCACCGUGACCAACACAUCGGACCUCAACGACUCUCGGGAAAUAAACUUUGAGUAUCUCAAACACGUCGUCCUCAAGUUUAUGUCGUCCAGAGACGCUGAGGCAUAUCAGCUAAUACGAGCUGUAUCUGUGCUGCUGAACUUCACCCGUGAGGAAGAGGACAUGUUGAAGCAGACUCUGGAGUACAAGAUGUCCUGGUUUGGAUCCAAGCCUUCUCCGAAAGGUAUCAUCCGGCCUUCGAUCUCAGGCGCUUCAACUCACUGGAGUUGAUGAGCAGCAGAAAGAACCGAAGCAAAGGAGAGAAAGGAACUAAAGGACCACCUCCAGGAGGAAAAGGUCCUUCCUGUGUGGCUACCAUCACUGAGCAGGAUUCUAGCUUUAAAACUUUAAAACAGCCUUGCACAGUUUUCUCUGAGACUGUGUGGGAGGGACUGUUGUUUUCUGCUCUGUGGGGACAGAGAAGGGCUUCACAGUUUAAGGGAUAAAGACCUAUUCAUAAUCAGCUGUUGAUUUUAAAAUGACAUGAUUUUCUUGUCGGUGGUUGAGGCAGACAGGCUUUUUUGACCAAAUGUUAGAGAGAGUAAACUGACAAACACAUCAUUCACACUUGAGUUUAAAGUGUCUUCAGUCUCAUUUCUUCUCCCCAGAUCUGAUGUUUACUACUCAGCAAAAAAAAAAAGCAAAAUGUGAAUUAACAUGCAAGCGAAUGAGUCCCAGCAUCAGAAAGAAAUAACCGCCUCAUUUCUACGUGGAGUCAAAUUUUAUUUUUUGUUGUUGGAACAAAGCACAGCCUGACUUGAUGUGUUUUAACUGGACAGACAGUACAGCCUCUGGUUGCUGAAGGACCUUUGAGUCUGUCACUUGUUUAUGAAUCACAGAGGGCCUUAAUGAAACAGUUUAAUUUGAAUUCUGAUGCCAAUUGGGCUUCAGUAUCAGUGUAUUUAAUCAGUGUAUCAGUGUAUUUAAUGUCAAAGGACCCAAAUCGUCUAAAUAGUCAUAGUGUCAAAGUUCCUUUAACAAUCAAGCAAAUCCAGGCUGGGAUUAUUGUCCAGAAGCACCAUCAAAACCCAGAGAAAUUACAAUGCUGACAUUUCACCACGUCUGACUGUUGGUUUAUGAUCAGUCGUGAUUAACGGAGUUGAAUUUCAAAUCAUCAAUCAUAUCCUCAACAGUGAAAUGCAGCCGCUCUCAUUUUCCUUUAUAAAAAAUAUUUCCAUCUUUUUGCUUCCCACUGUAUCAUUGAGUCCAGCUCAGACUAUCUUGAUAGUCUGAGCCGGAGCCUGACUGAUCUACAUUUUUAGGCCAAACAUUGAUACUGACAUUUUAGAGUUUAAAAAAAAAAAACAAAAAACCUGAUGAUAUUCUCUUUUUAUUUAUUCUUUUACCAUAACAAAGAAACUUGACUAACAAAGAAUUGAGUUUGUGUGUGUGUUGAACAAGACAUUUUACAGUUGGAAUAUGAAGUUGUCAGUUCCACUUUGUUAGACAAACUGUGAAAUGCAACACUUCACAAAUUACCUUUCAUGUUUGUUCAUUUCUCUACUGCAGUCUCCUCUCACAUUUCAGCUGAUGUAUGUGCUGAUAUAUCUGCUAAGCCAGAAUUGACCAGGUUCUUUAACCAGGCUCUCUCUCUCUUUUUUUUUUUUUUUUUUUUUAAAUAACUGAAAAUUUAUGACUAAUGGGUAUCAAAACUGCUAGGCCCCUGGACUGUUAUUACUAUGACUUGAGCCUCCCGGCAGACUUUUGUCUCAGAUCCCUCCUCUGUCACACGUGUUCUAACCAUGGCUAUGUAAUCUAACCAUGGCUCAAGCCUAAACCACCUAUAAGCUAAAACGUUUGACGGGGAGAGCUCGUUGAGGAAUCAUGCACACGGUAGUUUCGGAGGUACUGCCUGCGAGGUUCAGUUCAGGGUAAACAAAAAAACAAAAGUCUCUCCUCUUUACUGAUACUGGAGAAGAAGCUGUGCCACAGCUGAUACAGUCUGUUCAUUCAGACUGUUUUAGGUCCUUUAACACCAAGAUUAAUGAUGUGGACUAUAUUUGAACAAUAAUGAUGAUGUGAUUAAAAUAAGUGAACGCUAUGUAAAUGAUGACUGGAGGACAUGCUCUACCUUUACCUGCCUUUGCUAAUGUAAAUGAAAAUACAUUCCACAUGUCUAUUUAUAUAUAUAGAGAGAAAUCUGUACAUACAGUAUGCAUUGAGAACUUUAUAAAUCAGUGGAUGUAAAUGGUUUGAUGUGACCAGUUUGCAGUAUUUAUCAUAAUAGACCGUAUCCCAUACAUGUUCCUCCCACAGCUUGUCACUCAGUCCCACUGCUCAUCACUGUCCUCACUCCUCAGUGGGAUGUCGGUCACAACAGGAUGAUAUUUAUUUUUACAUCAGUGGGAAGCCCAGGGAAUCUGCAUGCCUGCUGUUAAACUGAAUCUUUUGAAUCCCUAAAACAGCCUGGUCAGUCUUUUUACAAUUCCCUUCAUUUUCAAAGGCCAGAAUAUUCUGAAUUUGUAUUCAUUCCAGUAAUAUACAUAUAAUGUGAAGCAGAGACACAUCAGGGUGUUGUCUGUGGAAAAUUACCAGUCACAGAAAACUGUCGCUGAUACUUUUAUUCAUUUGAAGAUGUAUCAGUUGGAAUCAUUCUUUUUUUAUGCUAAGAUGCAGGUGCACAUCUGUGAAUGCAGAACUGUCAUCACCCUGUUAGCUUACCAACGAGAGGUAGCCGACUUGUGUAGUCACCAUAGGUUGUCACCCAGACACUGCUGGGUAAAUAUACUGUCUCCAUGAGAAUCAAAAGAAACUAUGAAUGCACUUUUUAACCUGAUUGAUUCUGCUGUGCUAAACCCUGAAACACAACUGUACAAUCACUACAGCUUUUUUUUUUUUGUCUUUUGCUUUUUAUGAUUUGACAAUUGCUGCCAGGUUCCUUUUUCCCACAUUUAUUAAUAAUAAAUCCGAAAUGAUAAAAAAUCA